AUGUAUCAUGACGGUGGCACUCUCGCCGAUAUCGAGCAGGCCAUCCGCUACGCACAGGACGCUGCGGGUCUUGAGGCGCAAGAAGCCUUUCAAGUCGUCGAUGUUACCGGCCUAUUGGGGCUAUGUUACACCACCAAGUACAAGGUUACACAAUGUGAGGACGACCUUCUCAAGGCUAUCGAAGCCGAUGAGAGCGACCUUUGGGUAUUUAUGCCGGUUGCAAACAUAUCAGACAUUUUGGUUCUAGCACAGCGACUGAUGGAGUCAUACAAAACUCUUGAGAACUGGGAGAAGGGCCUGAAAAUUGCUGAAUAUGCACACGAACUGAUCCCUGCCUACAUAACUCGCUACCUGCGAUGGUCGGAAGCUCAAUCCCUUCUUUCGAGAAUUAGCCGUCUUGCAUAUUUCGCCGCAGCCUUUUCGCUUCAAGCCGCGAAACCUGAGGCUGCCACUCUGGCACUACUAGAAAGGGGUCGGGGAGUCGCCGCAGAUCUUUUUCGAAAAUUAGCGGAUUCGAAGCCGGCGUAUAAAGAGACACUUUUGAGCAGUGUAGGACGGCUCGACAAUGCUGUACAGCCACUAAAUCCCAUUUCCGAUGAGCCUACUUCUGGCACAGCGGAACUUACAAGUCGGCUUGAGGCAAGAAAAAUUGUGGACGAUUUCAUGGACAGUUUUGGUGCCCGCCAGAAGCCAGUCAAUACCGGAUUCACGGGAUUUACCAGGAGCGGCCCAAUUCUGGUUAUCAAUGUCAGCUUCCGUUGCGAUGCUUUCAUCAUUAAACACGUCGUGAAGACCAUGCCCCUCCCUAAGCUAUCUGAAGAAGACUUAGAACAGAGACUCCGGGACGGCAACCUGGGGAGUCUGAACACUUUGGAGUGGCUCUGGGAUACGAUCGCAGCCCCUAUUCUUGAUCAUCUUGGUUAUUCACAGAUGCCCUCUGAUGAAUGGCCGCAAAUACGUUGGAUACCUACAGGAGUAUUAAGUCGUUUACCACUGCAUGCAGCAGGCUAUCACCAAGAUCAAGCUGGCAGUACCGUCAUAGACAGAGUCAUGUUGUCCUACAGCUCAUCGCCGAACGCUAUUCUAGAAGGAGUGUCGAAGGAUAACCGAACUCCUCUGCGAAGGCGGUUGUAG